ACCGAAGGUGAACGCAGCACAGCCGCCGCAGAGAGAGAGAGAGAGAGAGAGAGCUGAGGGGACGACCUGAGAAACACGUAGAGAGAGUUUGUACGUGAUAAUGGCGAGCCGAGUUGUGGGUUUGCUCGGGUUUGUGAUGAUCGUCGCGGCGGUGGGUGCGAAUGCCGCCACGUACAACGUUUUAGAUCAGCUGGGGUGGUCGAUCCCUCCGCUCGGCAACAUCGCCUACAGGACCUGGGCCGCUGGAAAGAGCUUCGAUGUCAACGACACCGUCGUGUUCAACUGGACGGGGACUCAUGACGUCGCCGAAGUGUCGAAGACGGACUACGACAACUGCACGAGCACGAACGCCAUCGGGACGAUCCAGACGGUGAGCCCGUACAGCGUCGUGCUGAACGGGACCAGCUCUCGCUACUUCAUCUGCACCGUCAGCAACCACUGCGGCCUCGGCCAGAAGGUCACCCUCAGCAUCGGGUCCGCCUCAUCGCUCGCCGCCCGGGUGCUGUCCUCCUUCGCCCUCUCCGCCUUGGCUUUCGCAUUCUUGAAUCACUCUUAGAGAGACGGAGAGAGGGAGAGAGACUUUGGUCUUUAGGUUUUGUGGGCGAUGUUGCUUUUUUUAUGAUAUGUUUGUGGCCGUUCUUGAGGCGAACUGAUCAAAUAAUACCGACCUGCCUUGCAAGUCUUCAUCGAUUUUUCAUUAAUCUGAUGAUUGCCUACGUC